AACUCUUUGUUUUAACACCUCUUCAAAGACGUGAUAGAACUUGGUUUCCUGAAGAAAUGUAUAUAAUCAAAAAUGGUAAUUGGAAUAUGGAGGAUUGGCCUGAAAUGCACAAAAUGCUAAAACUUCUUAGCGUUAGAGAUGCUAUUGAUCAG